AACAAAAAAAGCUCACGGCUUGUACUUCACAGUUGACAGUCUGAGGUCCUCGCCGGAAAUCUAAAGAGCUCUUGAUUGGAAAACUCGUCGGAGUUCGUGGUUCAAUAAAAAGUGAGAGUGAAUCUGAAGCGAGAAAGGCAAAGACUUUUGGCAGAUCCGAUUUUAUAAAAGGGAAGAGAAGAUUCAAUCUUUUCCUUUUUCAUCAAUUUGGGGAUUUCUGAAGCUUUCUUUGAAUCUGAGAAAUGGUGGUGAAAGUAGCUUCGACCUGUUUGCACUGGUCGCAGCCCAUUGUUCCUCACUCUACGCCUUCUUCUCAGACCCUAGCCUCCGCGGUUUCGUCUCCUUCGUCUAAUCGGCGGAGCCGCAGCAGCGACGGUGGAGCUUUAGUGUGUCUUUAUGUUCAGAAGCUGAACCGGUCGGCUCUGUUUGGAACCCCGUCGACCACGCUACGCCGGUCGCAGUCUUGCGAGUCUCAGAAGGCGCCGAGAAAUCGGAAUCGAGCCGUCCGACGCGGUUUCAGCGCGAGCCUCGACGCCUUCUCAGAUGAAGAAUUCUCGAAGAAGAUUCAGGAAUUGGCUCUCAGAUUCCAGCUCUCCGACGACGUUACCGCCGUUAGUUCGGAGUCGGAUUCCGGUUCUUCUGAUCUAUCCGAAACUUACGGCGUUAACGCGGAGGAAGACGGUUUCGACGUUUUGAACGACGAGUCGUCAAGGAUGAGGUUUCUACAGAGCAACAGUCAGUUCCCGCACGAUUUGGAGCCUCCGUGGCCGUCGGAUUGGCAACGGAGGGACGAGAUUGUCCCGCAGGCCAGCAUCGAACGGAAGGCCAACAGCGUCGACCUCCCUCUUUCGCUUCGGAUCAUAAAGAGGAAGCUGCAAUGGCAACAAGAUGGCUACUUCAGAGACGUAGGCGAAUCUGCCUAUUGCUCUAUGAGGAAGGCCUUCUCUUCAAUGGUGUUCAUAAUCCGAGAGCUCCAUAGCUCUUGUCUACAGAUGCGAGAGGCUCUGUUCUACGAAGAUUUACAGGGAAUUCUAGGCCGAGUCCAGAAAGAGAUGCAGGCUUCUUUCGUGUGGCUGUUUCAGCAAGUCUUCUCUCAAACACCGACUCUAAUGGUGUACGUGAUGAUCUUACUAGCCAAUUUCACCGUCUACUCGUUAGGCCACAACGCCGCCAUUGCAGCUCCUCCACCGGCAACCGAAACAGUUUCCAUCAUGGAUGUUCAAGAUCACCAAAACUCUCCCCAAUUUGAUUCUUCAGCGAGUAAAUCGUUAUCUGUUUCGUCAUCCUGUGGUGGAAAAACGACUUCCAUUGGAGGAAGCAAUGGCGGGGGAGGGAAUGUCCGCCCCGUCGGGAGCGGCACAGAAGGUGACGGAGGGGUUGACCGUUCCGACCGGUACGGGACAAUAGUCCCCGAUGGUGCUUCACAACUGUCUCUGGGGACAACCAGAGAAGCAGAGUCGGGGCAAGAGAGCAAAGAAGAGGAGAUUGCUCUGUGGAACUCAGUAGUGGAAGAAGCACAUCAAAUGCAAGGCAGAGACGAGUCUCUGGACCAAGAAACAAUUCAGAGAUUCGUCUCGCCGGUUGCUGUAGAAAUAGAAAGUGAUGAUUACGCAGAGUACUUCAGAACCGAGAUGCUCUACCAAUCGGAAUUGUCCAAAGAACCCCGCAACUCUCUCCUCCUCUCCAAUUACGCUCAGUUCCUCUACCAAGUUGCUCAUGACUAUGAUAGAGCCGAGGAGUACUUCAAGAGGGCAGUAGCGGUAGAGCCGGCGGACGCUGAGGCCUACAAUAAGUACGCCACCUUCCUUUGGAGGGUGAAAAACGACUUGUGGGCGGCAGAGGAGACCUACUUGGAAGCCAUUAAUGCUGAUCCGAGCAACUCCUACUAUGCUGCUAACUACGCUCAUUUUCUCUGGAACACGGGCGGCGAGGACACGUGUUUCCCUCUCGGGGACGACCCCGAAGAUGCUUAGAAACACCAAAAACUACCACAUGGAAAAUGAAAGAGAUAAACCUAAAAAGACCAGGGAACAAGCCACCACCUUCCCUUUGCUUUCCCAUUUCCACCGGGAAUUAGGUUUUAUUUUCACAAAACAAGAGGAGUGAAGGGUCUUUUUGUAAUGAUUUGUCCUGAAAUUUUGGGUGGGACGCGGAGGAAGAUUUGGGCGGCGGAGAUGUGGUGGCGAUGGGAGCUUGAGGAGGGGGUGUACGUGAGGGUCACGUGACAGAGAAUGAGACAUAUGCAUGGCGGCAAUUGCUUGGCUUGGUUUUGCCUUUUGCACAGAGAAGGUCGUGUUCUUUUUUCUUUUUUGGUUUACAGAAAAACACAUGGCAAAGUGUAAUUAGCUCUGUAAUUAUGUGCCAUCUCUAAAUUAGUAUAAACCAAAUUGGAAAGAUUUAAUAUAAACUUUUCUCAUAAAGCACGUGUUUCUCGUGCAUUUUGCUUUCUAGCUAUCUGGGUCAUUUUCCCCUGUAUUGUUUCUACUUUGCUCUGGAAAUGUCUGGUGCUUAAUUAUUUGAGUCCAUCUUUAGGUUUUUGGUGGGCACAGUAUGAACUCUCUGCUUAUUGCUUGAGGAGAAAAAAUCUGAAUUCUUU